AUGUCUCGCGCCGAACCCGCAGAGACGGUCCCGGACCAUGAAGUCGUUAUUGCGGCAGAUGAUGCGCCCGUGAUUGACGACGCUGCAUCUGACAGAGCAUCGAGCUUGGCAUCAUCAAGCACAAGUGUUGCUGCGUCAGUCCUCAACUACCGGCAGGAAAACGGGAGAACUUACCAUGCAUACAAGGAUGGCAAAUACAACUUGCCGAACGAUGAACUGGAGAACGACCGGCUGGACCUCCAACACAACCUGUUCCUCCUGACUUUUGACGACAAGCUUGGGAACGCUCCUCCUAACGACAAGGAUGCUAAAGUUGGAAGAGUAUUGGAUGUUGGGACAGGCACCGGAAUCUGGGCGGUCGAGUUUGGCGAUGAGCACCCAGAUGCCGAAGUGCUUGGGUUUGACCUCUCAGCUACCUUCCCUGAGUUCAUGCCCCCCAACGUCAAGUUCGAGGUCGAUGAUCUCGAAGAGCCCUGGACGUACUCACAGCCCUUUGAUUACAUCCACAGCCGGAUGAUGAACGGAUGCAUCAAUGAUUGGGACGCCUACGCAAAGAAGUGCUUCGACAAUCUGAGCCCUGGUGGAUAUGUCGAAUUCAACGAGACACCACUCAAGCCUAUGAGUGAUGAUGGCACUCUGAAGGAAGACGCGCAGAUCCUGAAGAUUGCUGGUCUGAUUCAACAGGCCUCAGAGAAGGGUGGACGACCAACCAUUGACAUCAACAGCUUUAAGGACGUCCUCAUUCGUGCAGGUUUCGAAGACGUCAAGGUGCUUAAGUACAAAUGGCCAACAAACACGUGGCCCAGAGACAAGAGGUUCCAAGAGAUCGGGGCUUGGAGUUUUGAGAACAUUGUGGCGGGUUGGGAUGGACUCUGCAUGGCUAUGCUGACGAGAUUUCAUGAAUGGACGAAGGAGGAAGUCAUUCUCUCCAACGCGCUGUGUCGCAAGGAAUUCAAGGACAAGAGCAUUCACGCAUACUGGCCGCUGUACUCGAUUUAUGGCAGGAAGCCUCUGAAGUCAGAGUAG